CAACGUGAGCGCGUUCACUUUAUUUUAUUGAACUUCAUAUUAUUUUUUGUUGUUCUCGGCUAGUCUUCACUUCGUUAAUGUUCGGUCCGAAAUCUAACGAGCAGGUUUCACUGGUAGAGUUUAAACCACGGAGAGGCUAAGCUAAGCUAAGCUAACGAGCUCUGUCUGUCUCUGCAGUCAUGCUCCUGGUGGACCCAGGCCUCUACAUCGGCACCGCAGCUGAUCUCAACGACAGGCAGGUGCUGGCCGACGCAGCCGUCACUCAUGUCCUGUCUGUGGACUCUGUCGACCCCGCCGGUCUACUUCCUGCUGACGGUGGCUUUCACAGGAAGUGGGUCAACGUUUUGGAUGAGGUGACCUCUGAUCUCUUGAGUCACAUGGACGACUGCUUUCUGUUCAUUCGGGAGGCUGUGGAUGGAGGCCGCACGGCAAUUGUUCACUGCCAGGCUGGUCGAAGUCGCAGUGCCACCAUUGUGACCGCUUAUCUAAUGAAGAGACACCAGCUGGGCUUCACUGAGGCUUACCAUAGACUGAAGAGCGUCAAACAGGACGUACAGGUCAACACUGGCUUUGAGGAGCAGCUGCGUCUGUAUGAGGCCAUGAACUGUGAAGUGGACUCCUCCAGUCCUCUGUACAAACAAUACAGACUGACCAAGAUCACUGAGAAGUACCCUGAGCUGCAGCAGGUUCCCAGGGAGCUGUUUGCCGUUGACCCCGCCCACUCCAGCUCCUCUGAAGUAUCAUAUCGCUGCAGGAAAUGCAGACGAACUCUGUUCCGUGGCUCCAGUAUCCUGAGUCACCCAGUAGGAGAAGGAGCGUCAGCCUUCGGGCACAAGAAGUCCGGUAACCUCACUGGAGACGUCCAGUGCACAUCGUACUUCAUUGAGCCGGUGCAGUGGAUGGAACAAGCUUUACUUGGCGUGAUGGACGGACAGCUGCUGUGUCCUAAGUGUAGCUCUAAGCUGGGCUCUUUCAACUGGUGUGGGGAUCAGUGUUCCUGCGGCCGCUGGGUCACUCCGGCCUUCCAGCUGCACCGCAACAGAGUGGACGAGAUCCGACAACUGAGCAUACGGAAAUAAAACACCAAGUGUAAAACCUCAGACUCAAACUGGUCCUAUAUACAAGUACAUCACACACACACACACACACACACACACACACACACACACGCUCUGCAGGCAGAAAACAAAACAAUCUAUAAUCCAGUUAAGGAUUAAUGUUUAAAGAAUUUCUCAACAGGACCAGUUUAUUGUGUAACUAUGACGUCUGACUGUUUUGCGUUACACACAUAUUGUACAUGAAAUACAUACGUGUAAAUAUCAAAAGACACUUUUGA